GUGGAGGAGCCCAGUCAGCCAUGGGUUCUAAGCUCGAUGCCAUUGGGAUCAUACGGACGAUGACUGAGGCAGACGGGGUUCGGAUAAGCCUAUGCGACCCCGGACCAAACUGCAUGAGCCUUCCGUUCCGGCCAUCGGUUGCGCAUAAGACCAGUCUGUCCGGGGAACCCCUCUGCAUGGACGCUUGUUAAAUGGAGGGAUUCCCCCCAAGUGAGGCGUGGCAGCACUGCUUGCUUGCUAUCAUUUCAUCCCAAACUGGGUACUAACAUCAACCAUGUCUCUUGACCACCAAGAGCGUACCAAAAGCGAAGCGGUUUUGGCUCAUCCCCUACUCUACGAGGCAACAACCCCUGAUGUUCUGGUCGACUUCAAUGGCCCAGAUGAUCCCUACCGUUCCAUCAAUUGGCCUUUUCGGAAGAAGGCCAUCACGACCAUUCUAUAUGGAAUGACUACAUGCUGGAUCACCUUUGCGUCGGCGAUCUAUUCGGCGGGGAUGCUGCCGAUCGCGCACGAGUUUGGCGUUUCAAAAGAAGUAUCCACAUUGGGAAUCAGCUUGCUGGUCUUUGGUCUCGGGCUAGGACCGUUACUGUGGGCGCCUUUGAGCGAGGUUUAUGGUCGUAAAACGGUAACCAUCCUGCCUUAUUUCGUAGCAGGGAUUUUCUCUUUCGGAACGGCAACCGCAAAGGAUAUCCAGACAUUAAUGAUCACCCGAUUUUUCUCUGGAUUCUUCGGCAGCUCCAGCGUGGCGAUAACUGGCGGUGCAAUGGCGGAUAUCUGGAGGCCAGAACAUCGCGGUGUGGCCAUCGUCGUUUACUCGGUCACUCUCGUUGGCGGACCUUGUCUUGGUCCCAUCAUUGGCGGUGCCUUCGUGUCUAAUAGUAGCCUAGGUUGGCGCUGGACAGAAUACCUGACGGGGAUUUUGAUGGUAGUGCAAUCUGUGCUGGACUUCUUGAUUCUUGAUGAGAGCUAUGCACCGGCAUUGUUGGUCCGAAAAGCACGCCGGCUGCGGCUGGAAGGCAAGAACUGGGCUCUGCAUGCGAAGCACGAAGAAUGGGACGUAUCGAUAUCCGAAAUGUCGCAGAAAUAUUUGAUCCGUCCUUUCCAGAUACUGAAUACCCCAAUUGGGCUGUUCAUGUCGAUCUAUGGGUCUUUCGUUUACGCGAUUUUAUAUGUAAAUCUCGAAAGCUUCCCCAUUGUAUUCCAGGAGAAGCGCGGCUGGGGCCAUGUUACCGGAGGCCUUCCCUUCGUCGCCCUCCUCGUCGGAAUCUUGGCCGCGGCUCUAGCCAACGUCUAUAACAACCGAUACUACUUUAGAAAGCUUCGUGAGAAUAACGGCAAACCCGUGCCCGAAGCACGAUUGCCUCCAAUGAUGGUUGGUGGGGUUGCCUUCACCGGGGGCUUAUUUCUUUUUGCAUGGACCUCAUCGCCUCACAUCAACUAUUGGCCAUCACUCAUUGGCAUCGCAUUCACGGGCUUCGGGUUUACCACCAUCUUUCAGAGUUCAAUUAAUUAUUUGGUCGACACAUUUUUGCGCGUCAGCGCGAGCGCAGUUGCGGCCACCACUCUUCUUCGAUCCAUCCUAGCAGGUGUAUUUCCACUGUUCGUGCAGCCGAUGUUCCAGGGCAUCGGAGUGAACUGGGGCAUCACGGUAUUUGGGUGCGUUGCGGCGGUCUUGAUCCCUGUUCCCUUUCUCUUCUUUGCAUCUGGCAAGAAAAUCCGUGCAAAGAGUCGAUGGAGCAGUCAUGCUGUGUGAUGUUGGAUUCGCACUAAUCGGCCCAUGUAUUUUCUGGCGUUUCGGUGGCUCUUGAAGAUCCUCCGUCCAACUAGUCUUGCUUCUUUCCGGUACCUGCUCGACUCCACCUAUGCGAGAUGCCGUUGAUAGUCAUU